AUGAUGCAACAAAUUCUUCAAGAUAUGUACAUCGAGCCAGAUCUGCUACUGGAGCUAAAUGAAGAACAAAAGCAGAUUCUCUUCUGUAAGAUCCGUGAGGAACAAGUGCGCCGCUGGAACGAGAGGGAGAGCAGAGACCCCAGUCCAAGUGUCCGCAAGAGGAGUAGCCGUAGAGGCAUUCAGUGGCUGCUGGGCUCUGAUGGUGAGGUGUGGGUCUGGGUCAUGGGGGAGGCCCAAGGAGACAAACCUUACAAAGACAUAGUGGAACAGCUGAUGGAGGAAAGAGCCAGGAAACAGGCCCAGCGAGAGGCACUGGAGCUCUGGCGUAUGAAGGAAGCAGAGAUUGAAAAGAAGUUUCGGGAUGCCAUGGCAAAGGAGAAGGCUCGAGUUGUAGCAGGGAAAUGGAGGGAGGAGACAGAUGACAGAAAAGCAGCCAAGCAAGAGGAGGAGGAAGAGGAUCGUAUUCGAGAGGAGCUGAAGAAAUGUGAGCAGGAGGAGAGACAGAGAGGUGAGGAGGAAAUCCGGCAAGCAGAGGAAAGGCGAACGAAGGAGCUGUUCAUUUCUCUGAAGCAGGAGGAAAAGAGAAGCGAAAGGGAUGACAAGGAAUGGCAGGAACAAUUGCGCCGCUCCAAAGCAGCUGAUGAGGAGAUGAAGUGUAAGGCUCGCCGCGCCAGAGAUGAGUGCAAACGCCAAUCCCUGCGCACCAUCGAGAAAGGCCUCGUGGCUGGCCUCAGUGGACUGUUCCAGAAGACACAUCUGAAUGGCUCGGGUCACAACCGACGCCACAGUGACGUCAUUGAGCGGCCAUCAAAUACUCCAGCUGAUGUUAUGUGGAUUCGGCCACCUCGGCCAACUUCUCGUGAUUCCAUCAUGCGGUGGUUUAAGGAGGAACAAAAGCCCAGAAGAGCUGGCUAUGAGAGGAGCAGUAACACCAUUGCCCCUUGGUUCUAUGGGAUCAUCUCUCGGCAAGAUUCGGAGUCCUUACUAAUGAAUGCUUCUGAAGGCUGUUUCCUAGUAAGAGUGAGUGAAAGGAUCUGGGGAUACACUCUGUCUUACCGGACGGCCUCUGGCUUCAAACAUUUUCUCAUCGAUGCCUCUGGUGAUUACUACAGCUUCCUUGGGGUGGAUCAAAACCGCCAUGCUACUUUAGCUGACCUCAUCGACUUCCAUAAGGAGGAGGUGAUCACCACAUCUGGAGGAGAGUUGCUGCUGGACUCUUGCAAGCUCAAAGGCUCUGCGCCAGAUUUUGGAGGACUCUUUCAGUGA